AUGCGCACCCUCGGAUACUCGAUCCUGGUCUGGAUGCCCGUCGCGGGCGGCGCCGUUUUCCUGCUGGCGGCGGCCGUCAGCAUUGCAAUCGUGACGCUGCCCGGUCUGCGGGCUCACUUCAUUUCCUUGGACCUGGAGCAGCGGCUUGUGUCCGGCCAGCACGCCUUGUUUGUCGUUGUGUUUGGCCUGCAGAUCGUUCCCUACACAGUCCUUUUUGCCAAGUUCUUCUUUGAGCGCUGGAGCACUGAGUACUUCACAGGUGUCGACGACGGUCUGAUCAACGAGCCUGGCGUCAUCAUGGGCGCCCUCGUCACCUCCCACGCCUUCAUGUACUGCGCGGAGGGUGGCCUGCGCGCCACCGUCAAGCCCAGCCGGCUGCUGCUGGUGCACCACGCCCUGUUUUUUGUCCUGAUGGCCAGCAGCCUGUGGACCGGGCCCUCACUGCUGAUGGUCAAGGCCACCAUAGUCCUCGACCUGGGUGCUGUCCAUGAGCUGCCCCUGUACAUCGCACUGCUUCUCUACAGGCUGAGCAGCAGCACGCGCCUGGUGCGCGCGUGGCUCGUGGCCGGCAUGGUCUGGUACGGUUUCACAAGGGUGGUGCAGACCGGCCUCCUCAUCUGGCUGCUGAUCACCGUCGACGCGCGCCUGCGGCCGACGACGCCCUUUGUCAUAUUUGUCAUCGUGGCCGCUGCCCUGUCGGGCGUGCAAGCGUACACCUUCAAGAUCUAUGGGGGCAUGUACAAGCGCGCACCCUGCCGCAAAAUCAAGGCACGGCCGGCACCCUCACAGACUCGAGAGGUUCCUGGCUCCGCCGACGUCUCAGUUGCCAUCAAGGAUGUCUCAGUUGCCUGA